AUGGAGAAAAUGAAAAAACGCAGUAUUGAAGAACCAAACACAACAAACACAAAUGAAAAUAAACCUCAGAAAAGCAAUCAAGAAGAACACUCAAGUAAACGUCAAAAAACCGAGAUAAUUAAUAAUCCUUACCUGGCACACCUCAACAAAAGUCCAUUUAACGGGUGGUUUGCGGGGAAAACUACUGCCGAGCAAGCUCGAAUUGCCGAGGAAGGCGAAGUUAAUCCGUUUACUAACAAACCUUUUGGCAAGCGAUAUUAUGAGAUAUUGAAAAAUCGGCGAACUUUACCUGUGCACGCACAACGAAACGAAUUUCUUGAAUUGGUUCACAACAACCAAUUCGUGGUAUUCGUUGGUGAAACCGGAUCUGGAAAAACUACACAGUUAAGAUAA